AUGGUAAAGCUACAUUUUUCUUUUUUUUCAGUUCAAUUUUGUUUUUCAGAGCUCCGUAGAAGAGAUGCUGCGUGAAGCUGCAAACGAAGUUCUCCAAUCUAGAAUACCAAAUGGAUACGUGCUCUAUCCGAACUACGAUCAGUACUGGUCUGCUGAACAGGGCAUGUUCUACAAUCCCGUAAGUUAUUUAUUCCUUUUUAAUUCCAAAACCAAACAUUUAAAGGACACGGAAUUAUUCUAUCGGCCAGAAGACGAAACUGUUUAUCAGCUGAAUACAGAAGGAACAGAAUACGUUCUUGUUGAAAGACGGAAAUCAAGUGAGUUUGUGAAACAUGUAUUCACCACGAAACAACAGUUAUUCAGCGUACUGGGCCAGUAGAAGCUAUCGAAAAAGAGCCAUCGAUCUGCUCAGUGAGACGGAGUUCAAGAAGUUUAAUCAGGAAGGCGUGAACAUUUGUGAAAUGGCUUUUGGCAUGGUGGAUAAGAUCGUUCGAGAAGAAGAGAUGGAGAAAGAGAGAGAAUAUCUCCGUUCGAUUGCGGACAACAAGGUAGCGCUGAUGCAGCACCGAAUCAACAAGGUCUUCAAGGGAAAUCGGAGGCGGAAGAAUCCGCACAGAGUAUGCUUAUUGCGAUUAUUACUGGGCGAGCCGCUGAAUAAUUUCAGCAAUACGUGACGUCAACCAACGAGAGUACGGGAAACGCCGAAUUCACUCUGCAAGUGGACGACUACUUCGAUUGGGAAGAUGCCUACGAAGACGACAGCGACGACGAAUUGAGUGCCGGAGAGGAGCAGGCAGUCCUCAUGCAACGUAAGAAUUCACACAUUGACAGUUUUAUUCAAAUAUUCUGUUUACAGAAGAAGGAUAUGAUCAGCCACCGUGCAUGCGCGUGAUGGAUCAGACCCGUCGUCUCCACAUCAUCACCAUUUCCGGAGGAUACAUCGGAUCGGACAGAGACUGCGAAGUCGUCGUUGCUAAUCAGUUGCUGCCGGAGCGAUGUGCAGAAAUCGGCUAUUCUGAAGAAGCCGGGUGUUAUUCUGUUGAAAAAGUGGAUGCUUCCUGUAUUCUGCAAGUGAAUGGGAACAAUGUUCAGAUGGGUUCCUCUGUAGAUCUCUGCCAGGGAGAUUCGAUCCUUCUGAGCGGAGAAAGAUUCGAUGUGCAUGUCCAUUUUGGAAACAACACGUGUCUAGGCUGCGAACCGGGUCUGUAUCAGGAAGAAGAAAAGGAAGAGACGGUCUUGCCAGCGAAGCACAUCCGCGGGGAAGUGGCCAGGAGGAAGCAGCUAAAGCAGAUGAUGAAGUCUUAUGGAAUCCGGCCAGAUGACGGAUUGAGUGAACCGAUUCGGAAAAAGGCAACGGGGCCGUCGUACGGGAACAUCACGAGGACGGAAAGACCGGAAGGAGCAGACAUGUACGGAUCGUGUGCAGCCAAACCACUUCCCGAUUCUCAGCGAAAGUUCGAGAUGCCUCCUACAGCCGCGGUUGCCAGUCAACCUUCAACAUCUGCGGUGAAGCCGUUAGACAGCGGAAACGUUGGAUUCAAAUUGCUCAAGUCUAUGGGAUGGUCGGAAGGACAAGGACUCGGAAAGGAGAAGCAGGGACACGUGGAACCUGUGGCCACAGAAGUGAAAAAUAACCGACAGGGACUGGGAGCCACGAAGGAGAAAGAGCAGCCGAAGUCGUACAAAGACACGAUUCUGGAGAAAACGAAGCAAAGGUUCAAUGAGGUUUGUGGCUCAGUUGUGAUUUUUUUACAGAGAAACAAACAAGACACUUUUUCAGAAACGCUGA